UGGAAAAUGGAAACCCAAGGAGGACCACGGUCCACUUCAGGUCCUUAGCCGGAGGAUUGCGCCAAGCUUGGUGUCCUUGCGAUGGAGAUCCUGGGCUGGAAGAUACGCUAGGAAUCUUCCAGUGCUGGGGCUCAGCCCCAAGGGCCGGCAGGCGAAGCCAAAUCUCGGUGACAAGUCCAGGACAUGGGUCCCAGAUGCCAUCGGGCCGAGUCACGCCCCCGGGCGCAGCCAAACGCUGGGUGGCGCUGCGCCGCCGCCCUUCGCCAGACCUGUUGCGUCCAGGGCUUCAUUCAGCCCAACCGGUUAGGGUAAAGGGGCCCACGCAAAGCCUAGCGAGGUUGGAACCACUGAACGAGGGCUUGCUUUCUAGAAUCUCUGACGUGCUGCUGUGCGGCUGGACUUGCCAACACUGCUGUCAGAGGUGCUAUGAGUCCAGCUGCUGCCAGUCCAGUGAAGAUGAAGUGGAGAUCUUGGGGCCUUUCCCUGCCCAGACUCCUCCAUGGCUGAUGGCCAGCCGGAGCAAUGACAAGGAUGGAGACUCCGUGCAUACAGCCAGCGAUGUUCCUUUGACCCCAAGGACCAACUCCCCUGAUGGGAGACGCUCGUCCUCAGACACAUCCAAGUCCACGUACAGCCUGACUCGGAGAAUCUCCAGUCUGGAUUCCCGGCGCCCCAGCUCCCCACUCAUCGACAUCAAACCCGUUGAGUUCGGCGUUCUCAGUGCCAAGAAGGAGUCCAUCCAGCCGUCUGUGCUGCGCCGGACCUACACGCCCGAUGACUACUUCCGGAAGUUUGAGCCCCGACUUUACUCCCUCGACUCCAAUCUUGAUGACGUAGACUCUCUGACUGACGAGGAGAUCAUGUCCAAGUACCAGCUGGGCAUGCUGCACUUCAGCACACAGUAUGACCUGCUACACAACCACCUCACCGUGAGGGUGAUCGAGGCCCGGGACCUGCCACCUCCAAUCUCCCAUGAUGGCUCGCGCCAGGACAUGGCCCACUCCAACCCCUACGUCAAGAUCUGCCUCCUGCCUGACCAGAAGAACUCCAAGCAGACGGGAGUCAAACGCAAGACCCAGAAGCCUGUGUUUGAGGAACGCUACACCUUCGAGAUCCCCUUCCUAGAAGCCCAGAGGAGGACCCUGCUGCUCACUGUGGUGGAUUUUGACAAAUUCUCCCGCCACUGUGUGAUUGGGAAAGUAGCGGUGCCUUUGUGCGAGGUGGACUUGGUGAAGGGUGGCCACUGGUGGAAGGCCCUGAUCCCCAGUUCUCAGAAUGAAGUGGAGCUCGGGGAGCUGCUGCUUUCUCUAAAUUAUCUCCCAAGUGCUGGCAGACUGAACGUGGACAUCAUUCGAGCCAAGCAACUCCUGCAGACCGAUGUGAGCCAGGGUUCAGACCCAUUUGUGAAAAUCCAGCUGGUACACGGACUCAAGCUUGUGAAAACUAAGAAGACAUCAUUCUUACGAGGCACAAUUGAUCCUUUUUACAAUGAAUCCUUCAGCUUCAAAGUUCCCCAGGAAGAACUGGAAAACGCCAGCCUAGUAUUCACAGGAUACAGGACCUGUGCUCAAUUGAGGGAUGCUUCUGUGUGUGAUCACUUUUUCCUUUGGAGUUCCUGAAAUGGGGACUCAGCCUACAGCUUAGUCGGGCUUGGCACACGAUUUCUCCUGCUUCAUCCUCUUAUAUGCUGGGACUGUAGGCAAGAGCCUUGGUAGCCUGUCAUGUCUGGUAAGAUCAAGCCUUACAUGUUCCUUACUAACCAUGGUUCCAAAAGGUCUUGACUUAAUCUACACAAAAAAAAUUUUUUCAGUGCAACACCUUACCAAUUUUCUUACUAAGCCAAGAUCCCAUUGCAAGUGUUGCCUCCUGUCAUCAUGGACAUUCAUGUAAUGAGGUCUAUCUAUGGACCCCAAGCUCAUUACCAGCUGUAUAGAAAGUAUACAUGUUUCAGUCCCCCCCCCCACCCCCAGAGCUGACAAGUACCAGACACCCUUGAGCAAGCAUUGUGUUUCUCCUGCCCUGUUUCAAUAGGUAUUUUGGUUUUCAGAUAUUGGAUGGCGUUCUUGAUUUUGUGUUUACACUUUUCCUCUCCCAACCCCCCUUGUUUAUUACUUGGAAUUCUCUAUGUGAACCCCACAAGGGAGAAUGGAGGCUCACUACUAGCACACAAGCUUGUUUAGGCUCUAGAUUUGAGGUGGUUUGUUUGAUAAUCAGUACCCCUCCCGGGAUCUAGCCUGCCGUUGCUGGGACCAUGCUGGGCGAAUCUGUGAUAGUUCCCAUUCUUUAGCCUUUCAUGUAUAGCACAGGCACAGCCUGCUUCCCCAUUAGUGAAACAGCACACUUAAACUAUCUACACUCAGAUAAAGAAUGAGGCUGAACUUGGCCAGGAAGAUAAAUCAACUCAACCAUCUCAUUAGGUUUCAAAGACACUAACUAAUUAAGCUUGCAUUGGAAUUAACAGAGAAUCCUUCUGAGAGACAGAUGUGACAAGGCAUGAAAGAAACUACCCUGCCUUCACUGUGAGAGAGAGGAAGUGUUUUUUAAAUAAGGUCAAUGGACAGAAAUAUAGGAUCAAAGCAAUAAUACAUCAUUACCACUGUGUGCUGCACACAUCAUUCCAUCUCCAUCACGUAUUAACUUUCAAGACAAAGUGAGAAUAGUCUCAACUAAAUGAGGAAAGAGAGGCAUAAGAGAGUUUACCUUAUGUCAUAGGUACUUUUUCUGCUUGCUGUGAUAAGAUGACCUGACAAGGGCUGGAGAGAUGGCUCAGCGGUUAAGAGCACUGACUGCUCUUCCUAAGGUUCUGAGUUCAAAUCUAAACAACGACAUGGUGGCUCACAACCAUCCGUAAUGAGAUCUGAUGCCCUCUUCUGGUGUGUCUGAAGGCAACUACAGUGUACUUACAUAUAACAAUAAAUAAAUGAAGGCAACUACAGUGUACUUACAUAUAACAAUAAAUAAAUCUUUGGGCCAGAGAGAGCGGGACCAGAGUGAGAAGAAAAAAUAAAUAAUAAAAGAUAAAAAUAAAAGAUGACUUGACAAAAGCAACCUAAAAAAAAAAAAAAAAAAGGAAAGCCAGGCAUGGUGGCACAUGCCUUUAAUCCCAGCACUCAGGAGGCAGAGGCAGGCGGAUUUCAAGUUUGAGGCCAGCCUGGUUUAUAAAGUAAGUUCCAGGACAACCAGGGCUAUACAGAGAAACCCCGUCUGGAAAAAAACAAAAAACAAAAGGAGAGAGAAUUUAUUCUGGCUGACAAUUCUGGUACAGUCCAUCAUGGUAGGAAGUCAAGGCAGAAGGAGUUUGAGGGAGCUGAUUACAUUGGGUACUGGUCAGGAAACAGUAGUCAGUAUGUUCAGCAAAUGUUCUCCUUUUUCAUAUAGUUCAAGACCUAAGCCUUGGGAAUGGUGCCACCCACAGUGGGCAGGUCUUCCCACUUCAAUUCAUCUAAACAAGUUAAUUCUCCACAGGCAUGUUCAGGAGCCAGUCUCCCAAGGUGAUCCUAGAGUCUUCAGAGUUGACAGCUGAGAUUAAUAAUCACCCUUGCUUGCUUCAGAGUCCCAAGAUUCACCUCAGAUUGUUUAUCCUCUUAGUUCAACCCUAGUUAUACUCAUUUGUGUUAGAUUGACUGCCUACAAGACUAUUGGCCAUGUCAAGAGACAUUUAGGGUUGUCACUUCUUGAGGGAUGCUGCUACCAGCAUCUAGUAGGGAAAUGGCAGAAAUGCUGCUAAUCACAUCAUCAGACAAGUCUCUAUAGUAUUUUUCAGAUCAUGAUAUCAACAAUAUUGCUGUUGAUAUACUCUUGUUUGCCCCUGGAGAUAUGAGUCAGUGGGUAAGAGUGCUUGCUUUGUAUGCAAGCAUGAGGAUUGGAAAAGCUGAGCAUGGCUGAGUGCACAUGCCUACAAUCCAAGAGCUUUGGGAGAACAGAGACAGGAAGAUCACUGAGCUUGCUAGCCAUCAGUCUAGCUCCAGGUUCACUGAGAGACCCUUCACAAGGAAACAGGAGAGAGUAUGACAGAGCAGGACUGUCUCACCAGAACUGUCCAUUCACAGAGCUCUGUAGGCAAUGUGUAGGUCAGUGAGCUGUAACUUUAUAGUUGCACAUUGUGGGUGGCACAUUUCAAAGAUGAAAGAUUCAGUGCAAAGCUGGUAAAUGGGAAUGGCUGACUUGGUAAGGGACAGCAGUGCUUGGGAGCCUCAGCUGUGCUUAGGGAACUGUCCCCAUAAGAGGAAGCAAUGUCCCCAAAGCAACAACCCCAUGUUUGCCGCUGAGUCAUGUGUGAACUAAUGACCUCUGUCUUAAACCUGCUUCCCAUCCCAUUUCCCCGGCUCCUCACUUCUUCCCUGCCUGCCCUCACCCCUCUGGCUCUCUAGUGUUCGGCCACAACAUGAAAAGCAGCAAUGACUUCAUCGGGAGGAUCGUCAUCGGCCAGUAUUCCUCCGGCCCCUCAGAAUCCAACCACUGGCGGCGGAUGCUCAACACUCACCGCACUGCUGUGGAACAAUGGCAUAGCCUGAGGUCCCGGGCUGAGUGUGACCGCGUGUCUCCUGCCUCCCUGGAGGUGACCUGAUCACCAUAAGGAAGGCAACCUUCAUUUGUUAAAAAAAGAAGGGAAAAAAAUGUGUCACAUAAAUAUUCAACCCACAUCUAGGUAUACUUUCACACAUGUGCACGUGCAUACACAACGCCCUCUCAGUACUGAGAGCGAGCUGACAGUUGAUCAUGAAAUAGCCACCCUCAUUGAGGGAAGCUUGUGAAGUUUCCAGAAACUCCAUUCAUGCAUAAAUCACAAGCUGGGUAGGCUCUGCUGUGGGACUUAUUAGCAGUGCCUACUCUUAUCCACACCCAAUGUCCCAAGAUGUACUUUCAACCCUCAGGCCAGAGAAAGGAGGCCUUCCUAAGAAGAGCCUGACUCAGUUUACCAAGAGUUCAGCUGAUAUGUGGGGGGAGGGGGUGCUUGGUUCCCCUCCUUAAAACCACAUCUUCCAGGAAACUUCUGAACAGGCCGCUGUUUCCUGGGGUCUCCACACAUGAUCCCUUUCUCCAGCGGUGUAAGUAUCUUUAUUUUCUCCUUAGCAAAUAUGGUAAAUAGCUUAGACUCUUUGGAGAGACCGAAGGGUGGCAAAAGACAGUAAGCCCGUGUCAGGAACCCAGGCUCACCUGCUUUGUCCUUGUGUUUGCUUAUUUCUGGGACUCCCUGUGGGGGUGUGUGCAUAUGUUAUUGUGAGUGUGCUCUAACGGGUGAGUACAUGUGUACCCACUCAUCCCAAUAGACAGCAAAGUGGUGGCCAGGGCCUCCAUCCACGAAGCUCCCUUACCUCUGCCUCUUAUCCAAUGCAAGCUUACCCCAUGUCCUCUCAUGCACCAGAGACCCCACCUGAGGUAGUAAUAGUUCACAUGUGCCCAUAAAUAGGGUUAUGAUAGAGCAAAGGUAACAUGUCUGACUGAAUCGUGGUGGUUAUGACCCAUCAGGGGUCUGGCAUGGGAAUGAAAAUGGUGCCACAUCCCUCCACCAUGACCUCUCCCCUCCAGUGAUCCUUCUGUGUUUGUGUGUGCACCACAGUCAUGUCUCAUGUGCUAAGUAAGGCUUUAGUGUAGUUAGAAUAGAUCUUCCCUCAUGGGACGCUUCUGUACCUUUCUCCACAGUGUGUUGUCCUCUGUGAUGGGGAGUUAUCUGUUGUUGAAAUAAAAGAUUAUUUAUUUGUGACAUUCA